AUGACCUCGACAGCUGCCAAGAUCCUUAAGAAUGCGCCUGCCGGCGUGCUGCGUCUGGGUAUGAUGCCUGCCGACGGUAUCGGACGCGAGGUGCUCCCCUGCGCCCAGCGCGUGCUGCAGAACACGCCCGGUGCGCCCAAGUUCGAGUUUGUCCACCUCGAUGCUGGAUUCGAGCACUUCCAGAAGACAGGAUCCGCGCUGCCGGAGGAGACGGUCAAGGCGCUGAAGAGCGACUGCCACGGCGCCAUGUUCGGCUCGGUCUCGAGCCCGUCGCACAAGGUCGAGGGGUACAGCUCGCCGAUCGUCAAGCUGAGGAAGGAGCUGGAUCUGUAUGCCAACAUCCGACCGGUGAUUGGCGUGCGUGGCACCAAGGACGACGACAAGUUUAUCGACAGUGUCAUCAUUCGCGAGAACACCGAGUGCUUGUACAUCAAGUCCGAGACGAGCGAGGCUGGACCAGAGGGUCAGAUCGCCCGUGCCAUUCGCCAGAUCACGGAGAAGGCGUCGACGCGUAUCGGCAAGAAGGCGUUCGAGGUCGCACUCGCUCGACAGGAGCUGCGCAAGACCACACAGCCUUCGUACUCGCCCACCGUGACGAUCUGCCACAAGUCCAACGUGCUUAGCGUCACUGACGGCCUCUUCCGCACUUCGGUCCGCGGCGUCUUUGAGAAGGACCAGAAGGCUAACGGCGGCGCGGGCAGGUACGAGGGCAUCAAGCUCAACGAGCAGCUCGUCGACUCGAUGGUCUACCGCCUGUUCCGUGAGCCCGAGGUGUUUGAUGUUGUGGUGGCGCCCAACCUGUACGGCGACAUUGUUUCGGACGCUGCUGCUGCGCUGGUUGGUUCGCUGGGUUUGGUGCCUUCGGUCAACGCAGGUGACGACUUUUUCAUGGGCGAACCGGUUCACGGCUCGGCACCGGACAUUGCCGGCCAGGGCAAGGCCAACCCGAUCGCCUCGAUUCGCUCUGCCGCCCUCAUGCUCGAGUACAUGGGCUACACCGAGCCAGCGCUCAAGAUCUACACUGCUGUCGACCAGGUCAUCCGCGAGGCCAAGUUCCUCACCCCGGACCUCGGCGGCUCCGCUACCACCACCCAGUGCGAAGAGGCUAUCCUCAAGAAGAUCAACGACGCCUGA